AGAAGGAAAAGAAGCACAUGCGAAUUGCUAAUUGCGGUUUCCUCUCAUCUUCAUGUAGGUUUAGACGUCUCUGUAGUCCACGCGGCUUUAUAUAUUUAAUGAAUACGAGCCUCUGUGAGUUCUAUUAUCCAUGCAUUUUUUACAAUCUCACAGACCCCUUUCUCUUCUCAUUUUCUAUGCCUCCUCACUCUCUUUCAAUUUCAGAAUCUUCAGACCAGAGAAAACUGUGAAACACAUCCUUCUUUGCUGACCGUUGAUUUUAUUUGAAAAUAUACCAUCCAGCCUACCUUUUGAUUCCUUUCCAUUCAAUUUCAAGAUCUAACCGAGAAAGAAAAAAACACACAGCCAAAAACCCUAAACAGUUAUCUGUCGGAAAAAAAAAACAAAGAUUUUGAGGUUUAUUUGGAAUUGUGUUAUCCAACAAGACGAAGAUGGUCGAGAAUUUAAAGAAUGUUCAAGGAUUAGGUGUCUCCAUGGAUGUUCUUCCCCGAAACAGCUCCGACUUAUUCGACGAAGAUGGCCGUCCCAAGCGAACCGGGACGGUGUGGACAGCAAUUGCACAUAUCAUUACAGCAGUAAUUGGUUCAGGAGUGUUGUCACUGGCAUGGGCUGUUGCUCAGAUUGGUUGGGUUGGUGGUCCAGUAGUUAUGAUACUCUUCUCUCUCGUCACUUACUACACUUCUAUCCUCCUCUGUUCAUGUUACCGCUCCGGCGACUCUGUCACCGGCAAGAGGAACUACACUUACAUGGAUGCUAUCCACUCCAACCUCGGUGGCAUAAAGGUGAAAAUAUGUGGAGUUGUGCAGUAUGUUAAUCUCUUUGGUACUGCAAUUGGUUACACCAUCGCAUCAGCUAUAAGCAUGAUAGCAAUCCAACGAACAAGUUGCCAACAGAGUCAUGGGGACAACGAUCCAUGUCAGGUCAAUGGCAACCCUUACAUGAUUGCGUUCGGUGUGAUCCAAAUCGUAUUCUCUCAGAUUCCUGAUUUUGAUCAGUUAUGGUGGCUCUCCAUUGUGGCUGCAGUCAUGUCUUUUGGUUACUCCACCGUUGGGCUUGGUCUUGGCAUCUCCAAAGUGGUGGAGAACAAAGAAAUUAAAGGCACUCUCACUGGAGUCACCAUUGGGACAGUGACAUCGAGUGGGACCGUGACACCCACCCAGAAAGUCUGGAGAACUUUUCAGUCUCUUGGGAACAUUGCAUUUGCCUAUGCUUACUCCAUGAUUCUCAUCGAGAUCCAGGACACGUUGAAAUCACCACCUGCAGAGGAAAACACAAUGAGGAAAGCGACUCUCAUAAGUGUAGCAGUGACAACGCUCUUCUACAUGCUCUGUGGCUGCGUAGGGUAUGCAGCAUUUGGGGACUCCUCACCUGGAAACCUCCUCGCCGCUGGAGGAUUCAGAAACCCCUACUGGUUGCUCGACAUAGCCAACCUCGCCAUCGUGAUCCACCUGGUUGGAGCUUACCAAGUCUACUGCCAGCCGCUCUUUGCCUUUGUGGAGAAAGAAGCCGCCAAGAGGUAUCCAGAGAGCAAGUUCAUCACAAACGAGACCAAGAUCCACCUCUUCCCAGGAUCAAAGCCUUUCAACUUGAACCUCUUCAGGCUCGUGUGGAGGACCAUCUUUGUGAUUACAACAACGUUGAUCUCUAUGCUGAUGCCUUUCUUCAACGAUGUGCUUGGUCUCUUGGGGGCCAUCGGUUUUUGGCCACUAACGGUGUAUUUCCCCGUGGAGAUGUACAUUGUGCAGAAGAAUGUGAGGAGAUGGAGCACGAGAUGGGUUUGUCUUCAAGUCUUGAGUCUGGCUUGUCUUGUUGUGUCUGUAGCCGCGGCAGCAGGAUCUGUGGUUGGGAUUGUUACUGAUCUCAAGAGUUACAGACCUUUCAAGACGGAUUUCUGAGAGCCCUUUCGGAACAAAUAAACUCCCCGCAAUAGGGAUGCAGUUAUAUAUAAAAUUGGAUGUUGUGACUUGAUCUUUUAAGUUAGUUAAAACUUUUUUCAAGUGUUCUAUAUGAGAUAUUCGACGCAGAACUUGGGCUGAGUUCGUAUUCUUGUUGAUAGCACAUUAGUGAAUUCAAUAUUGGACUGA